AUUUGGAAUAGCCUUUAAGAGAAGGCCGUGGACGGUCGAAAAGGAGCUGCCUCGCCCAGAAAAAGAAUUUUAGACACGUGUUUCAUACAGGAAACUUGUUUACAGCUCAUUCCGAAAACAAUUUUAAACUUCUUAUAACGUUACGUAGACGUUGGCGAGAAGAUUCUAAAGAGUAUGUUAUCUACGUAUUGAAAUUUCUACCUUUACUUUCAACGAUGUUAAAUCCUGUUCUGACCGCGCCCUUUUUUAAAUUUCUGUGAUCAAGUUAAAGGUCGUUAGAAAUUGAUUUCCUUAUCAUAACAUUUUCUAAAUAAAACUAUAUGAUAAGGAACGUAGUAGGCUGAGAUAAUGUUAAGACGAGAAAUAGCAGUAGCAAUAAAUGAACUUGUUUAACCAGUUGCUAACUAUUUCAGAUUAGGCUGUUCGAAUGAUAUGCCAGGAGUCAUGAAUAAUCCAGACUAUCCACAGGAUCCAGAUCCAUAUUUUGCUUAUCACGACGAUUAUAAGAGUUCAAGGGAUAGAAGGUUCGAUAGAGAUCAAGAAGACCACUAUUACAAUGAGAGGCCAAGAAGAAACAAUGAUUACUCCGAACAAUCAAGAGAGAACAGCGGUCGCCGAAGAAAUGAUAGACGAACGUAUGAUAACGAUUAUCAAUCAAUGCAUGACGAAAGAGAAGAUUUAUAUUCCAAAGUGAGACGUCCUCACAGAGAUCGCGAUGGACAGAAUAUAGGUGCUCACAACGUCGUUGAAUCAUACAACAACAGCGAAAGAGGUCAAAGAAGAAGAAACGACAAUAUGAAUAGAGAAGAAGGACAAAUUAUUGAUCUUGAUCAUUUAGUCACCAUGUCAAUGGAUCGAGUGAGAGACAUUAAAGAAGGAAUUGAAUAUCUUAGAGGAAUUAGACAAUGGUUGAAUAAAUUACACUGUUCUAUAGAGGUAGCUAGGGGAAAGCUGUUUUGCUACGAGGCUGGAACUAAAAAAGAAUUAGAAGUUUACCCUCUCGACUCAAUCAGUCACGUAACUCCCGUAGAAUCGAUAGAUAACAUUUACAACAACGUUAUUUUAUUUGUAAUUAACGGUGAAGUCACAAGGGAGUUGGCAGCCUUUCAAUGUGUGGAUAGGUCAGCUCACGAAGUAGCUGACAUGAUCGAAAGAGCUAAGAUGAUAAAAAGAGAUCGUCCUAUAUCUCCUCAACCUUCUGAACGAUAUACGGAUGAGGACAAAAAAAUUGUUAUGAAUCGAGUAAAAAUGAUUGAACAAGCCCAAACAUCUCUACAGGAAGCAGGCCCUUACGUUGCUGGUCAAACAAAAGAAAAAUUUCGAAAGUCUAUGAGAAGGAGUAACGAGCGUCACGAUAGUAAUGCGUCUUUGCUUGAUGAAAAAACAGAAAGGGAUUCGCAAAUGUUAAAUCGAUGUUUCGACGAUAUUGAACGCUUUAUUUAUAAGCUGCAGCAGGCUGCUGAGUAUCAUAGACGCCUUAAGGCGGCUGGAAGAAGAAAUAGAAGGGACGACGGAAUUCUAACUGAGCGUUCUCGUCCACCUCCUUCUAAGGAAUUCAUCGAAGUUUUUCAGAAAUUUAAACUUUCGUUCAUUUUAUUAGCCAAGCUUAGGGAUGAUAUUUUCCGGCCUACUGCACCAGAACUUAUUGCCCAUCUGUUCACUCCUUUAAAUAUAAUAGUCUCGGCAUCAAGAGAUCCUGAGACAAACCAACCAGAGAUCGCCUCGAAAGUUGUUAGCCCCUUACUAACUAGACAAGCUAAGGAAUUACUUGAAGAAAGCCUUACUGAACGAGAAAGGUUUCUCUGGGAAUCUCUAGGCCCUUCUUGGACCCAAACAAGAGAAGAAUGGACGGGAUAUGUCCCACCGUACUAUCCCAAUUUUGAGGGAUUAAGUUCAAGGCAAGAUGUCACAUCAGAAGCAGAGUUUGAUCAUCCAAGGCAGCCGCGUGGUCGACGACACGAAGAUAGUAGCAGAUAUGAAAGAGAGAGGCCAAGACAAGAGAGCAAUGGUCAAAAACGAGUUCCCGACACAUGGAAUUCUGAAGGUCUUGGAUACGGAGAUGACGAACCAGUUCAACCAGAAGUUGUACGUAGAGAACAAGCAAGGCAUUCGGCAGAAAAACCAAAAGAUUACGAUUCCAAUCCUAGAAACAGUCGCGAGACUAACAAAUCAUCAAACAAAGCUCAAAAAGCAGUUACCGAAAAGUUACCUAGUAAUCCAGAGGAAAGAAAUUUAGAAUUUUAUCGCAGACUCUUAAACGAAAAUGCAGAUAUCGCCAAGGCAACAGCCUCCAGAGAAGGAAGCAAUAAUAAAGAAUUAGAUGUAUAUAGCGGAGAGUAUCUAAAAGUUCUAGACCACUCAAGAAAUUGGUGGAAACUGAUGAAUGCAGAUGGAAAUAAGGGCUUUGCUCCUUUUAAUAUAUUGUCACCAAUUAAUGGAGAUUUACAGCCUCCAGCGCCCACAAGUCAUAGACGAUCUGUUUCGUCUGAAUCAAGUGUUAGUAACAUUCCGAAAGCACCACCUCCUCCUCCUGAAUCAUGGAAAUAUGAGCGUCCAAACGGUUCUCGUAGCUCAAUUCCAGAAAAUGAUUCCAACGAAGUACAACAACAGAAGAAGAAAACUAGUAAUUAUGAGCGAGAUGUGAAAUAUUCUAAGCAAGCGAGUCAGCAAGAUACGCUUAACUUAGAAUUGAAGAAUAGGUUAACGAUGGGAAAGACAGAAAGGGAUCAGUUUAGAUCGAAACAGAGAGUGUCCGUAACGAUCAUCUCCGAUAAAAGCUCGGCGGACGAAGUCAGAGAAUGGUUAAGAAAUAAACGUUUUGAUAAUGAAGUAAUUGAAGCUUUACAAGGAAGGUCUGGUAGAGAAUUGUUUGAUCUAAGCAAAAGGCAAAUUGAGCAAAUAUGCGGAUAUGAUGAAGCUGAUAGGUUGGAGACUCAAUUAAAUGUUCAAAAAGGAAAGUGUGGUUACAAAUCUAAGGAAUCUGCCGAAUUGCAAAGAAUUCUUAGAUCACGAAAAUCAAUAUUAGAAGAUAAUUAAUCAACUUUUCAUUACUGGUGCCUUGAUUUACGGCUGAUAAGGUUUUACGCACUUUUAUGCCUUAUUAAGCGAUGAAACCUAAGAAAUGUGAUACUAUUUGUUGUAGUUUUAUUCUUUUUCGCUUCGAAAAUAUUAUGCUAUUAUACAAUUGACUGUAUUCUCAGAAAAUGUGACUAUAAGUGCACAAUAUUUCAAAAAUUACACUGCAGUUAACCUCUUUGGCAAAGAAUAAUAUGUGAUCAAAAUAGUUACAUAUAGUCGUUAUUUGUUUGUUUUUAUUAAUGAUUCAACAUUAUCUCUUUUUACACUUAAAUAAACUACUCUUCCAUGGUUUGGUGCU